CAGAGCGAGAGAGACAUGUUAGAGUGAGAGACAGUUACAGCCUGAAGAACGGCGGGGAGUCGGGGACGUUUGUCCCUUUUCAACUUUGGAAAAUGGGCUUUAUUGCCCUUCCAGCCAAGAGUAAAGCUAUUUUUAUCAAAGCAAAAGUCGUUAGGUACACAACGAACUCGAUUUGGUUCGAGUAGAUGCAUUUCUGCGAGAGUUAUUCGGAGUUUGAAAUGUGGGCGAUGGUGGUUUUGACGAGCGCGAGGUCUCCCCUCCUGUCGUCCAGGACAAGAUGGCAGCAGCGCAGGCAGACUGAGCAUGCUAUGGGUGCGUUAUAACUCCAUAACAUGUCCGGAGAAGUCCUGGAUUUUAUCAGUUGUUACACUCUGUGAAGGUAUGGCCUCACAAGUCUUGGUCUACCAACCACAUGUUUAUCAAACCCAGACAAGUGCCUUUUGUAGUGUGAAGAAACUUAAAGUAGAGCCCAGCAGCUGUGUUUACCAUGAGAGAGCCAACCCACGGACCUAUUUGAAUGGUAGAUCCUUCGGCGUUGUGCACUCUACGAAUAUCGUUCCUUCAUUUCAGAGAAAACACUCAGCGGCUGGGCGGAACUUUUCAUUGCAAGCCUUGAGUGACGUGAGAGGCGAACAGGACAAAGGAGUCGGGCUCACCUCACAGUGCAAGGGGGCACAGCAGGAGGGUGUGGGGUGUGGAGGAACAGCGGGGAGGGUGAGCGGACGGGACGGGGGCACCGCUGGCCAGAGAGGCAUAGGUGACAGCAGCAGCAGUGGCUGGACGAACUGCGACGAACGGAAAGAGCAGCAGGAGGAGGACAGCGACGAAGGUUUGAACUUGACAGAGAAAGCCCAGCGAUGUGGGCUGAAACGUAAGAGCGAAGACUUGGAGAGCCGCCGAAGCGCCAUGCAGAUAGUGGAGGAUCUGUCCAUGUUGCCUGCGAUGUUGCAAACGAAUGUGGGGAACCCAGCGGCAGGGGGUGGGCCCAAGCCAGGUGGGGGAGGGGCUGGGCCCGGGGGUGGUGAAGGGGAUUACCAGCUGGUUCAGCAUGAGGUUUUGUGCUCCAUGAAGAACACCUAUGAGGUGCUGGACUUCCUGGGCCGGGGCACUUUUGGGCAGGUGGUCAAAUGCUGGAAGCGUGGUACAGGUGAGGUCGUGGCUGUGAAGAUCCUGAAGAACCACCCGUCAUAUGCACGCCAGGGUCAGAUCGAGGUGGGCAUCUUAGCACGGCUGAGCAGUGAAAACGCUGAUGAACACAACCUGGUGCGUGCCUACGAGUGCUUCCAGCACCGCAGCCACACCUGCCUGGUGUUCGAGAUGCUGGAGCAGAACCUGUAUGACUUCCUGAAGCAGAACAAGUUCAGCCCGUUGCCUUUGAAAGUCAUCCGGCCCAUAUUGCAGCAGGUGGCCACGGCCCUGAAGAAGCUGAAAUCUCUGGGCCUCAUCCAUGCCGACCUGAAGCCAGAGAACAUCAUGCUGGUAGACCCGGUGCGUCAGCCCUACAGGGUGAAGGUCAUAGACUUUGGCUCAGCCAGUCAUGUCUCCAAAGCUGUGUGCUCCACGUACCUGCAGUCGCGGUAUUACAGGGCUCCGGAGAUCAUCCUGGGGUUGCCGUUCUGUGAGGCCAUCGACAUGUGGUCACUGGGCUGUGUCAUCGCAGAGCUCUUCCUUGGCUGGCCGCUCUACCCAGGCGCGCUGGAGUAUGACCAGAUCCGUUACAUCUCUCAGACGCAAGGCCAGCCGGCUGAUCACCUGCUGAACGUGGGCACGAAAACGAGCCGCUUCUUCUGCAGGGAGUCGGACUCCCCGUACGCUUCGUGGAGACUUAAGACGACUGAGGAGCACGAGACUGAGACGGGCAUGAAGUCAAAGGAAGCGAGGAAGUACAUCUUCAGCUGUUUGGAUGAUGUGGCGCAUGUGAACUUGGUGAUGAAUUUGGACGGAGGUGACUUGUUGGCAGAGAAGGCUGACAGGAGAGAGUUUGUCGGCCUCCUGAAGAAGAUGCUGUUGAUAGAUGCAGAGAAGAGGAUCGUUCCCGCUGAGGCCCUGUGCCACCCCUUCGUCACCAUGCAGCACCUGCUGGACUUCCCCCACAGCAACCAUGUCAAAUCAUGCUUUCACAUUAUGGACACAUGCUGUUGUCGUUCCAACACCUACGAUGUCAUCAACCGCAAUAAGGCUCCGUUCAUGAGGCCUGUGGGCUCCAGCAGCACGACCAACCUGACCGUGGCCUUUAACAAGAUGGCUGCGGUCCAUACACAGGCUUUAGCACCAUCUGCUCCCAGUGUGAUGCAUCCUGGGAUACCGCUGCAGACAGGAAGUGCUCAAUUUGGCUGUAAUGAUUCCUUCCAGCAAACGCUGAUCCUCUGUCCCCCAGCCAUUCAAGGAAUCCCCCCAAACCCAAACAAGCCAACAGGAUACCCGGUACGGAUGGAGAACGCCCUGCCGCUGGUCAGUCAGGCCCCCGCAAUACAGCCGCUGCCCAUCCAGCCGGGAGUCCUUGCACAGCAGACAUGGUCUAACCGGGCCCAGCAGAUCUUGGUCCCAGCCUGGCAGCAGGUGGCACCGGUGGCUCCCCCCUCCACAACACUGGCGUCUGACACUGUGGCUGGCCCACAGAGACUGGGGGAUUGGGGGAAAGUGAGGCCCCAUGGCAGCCAUUACAGCUCCAUGAUGGCCCAGCCUCUUCUGACCAACCAAAUGAGCAUGACAGCCCACCAGCCAAUCAGCAUAGGCAUCGCACAUGUGGUGUGGCCGCAGCCCACCGCCACCGCCGGCAAGAGGAGCAAGCCCUGCCAAAACAGGGUGAACACUUUCAUACACAACACCAAUGCCCAAAACUCAGCGUGCCAGUCCCCAAAGAUAGCGGACCCAGUGAAGAGCGUGCAGGACGGCCGGCCUGGCGUGGGGCAGGAAGCGGAGCCCGAGCCGCCCCCGGAGGUGGGCAGGGAGGCCGAGGGGCAUGAAGCAUCCCAACAGCAGCAGCAGCAACAGCAGCAGCAGCGUCAGGCCAUCGUCAUCGCAGACUCACCCAGCCCCGUGCUCAGCGUCAUCACCAUCAGCAGUGACACUGAUGAGGACGCUGACACCACUCAGAGGCACUCGCUGGGGGAGUGUAAGGGCAGCCCAGACUGUGAGGCGUGUCAGAGUACCCUGAACAUGGAGCGUGUCUGUUCCCUGAGCAGCCCGGAUAGCACGCUGAGCACCAGCUCGUCCGCAUCGGUGCAGUCCAGCCCGUCUCCGUGCAAAAGGCCUAACAGCAUGUCUGACGACGAGCAGGAGAGUGGCUGCGACACGGUGGACGGCUCCCCGGCCUCCGAUUCGUCGGGUCGGAGUGACAGCCCCUUCAUGGAGCAACGCUACAUCGAGAGCAACCAGAACCGGUCGGGUCGCGAGGCCCGCGUGUCGCCCGAGGUGGAGGCCAGCAAGCCCGGCGUUCGCACUAUGGUGGUGCCGCCCAUGCGGGUGCAAAACGGCAACAGCAUGGCUGACGAGCAGAUGGCCAACACAGUCUUAGACACCUCGUGCCAGUCCAGGGGGCGCUGUGGCCUUGGCCGGCUGAACCUCCACUCCACCCCGCUCCUCAACCGGCAGCAGAAGAUGACCUGCGCAUUCCAGCAACAGCAGCAGCAGGCUCUCGGCUUUGGGCAGGUCCAACACUUCGGCUCCUGCCACCAGGAGUGGAACGGAAACUACAGCCACCGCCGGCAGCAGGCCUACGUGCCCCCCUCGGUGCCCGGGCACACCUUCACCCUGCCCCACGGCAGCCCCAACCACACUACAGCGCACCCGCACCUGGGGGGCCCCCAGCCCGCGCUGCUGUCCUACCCCCCCGCAGCGCCCCUGGUCACUGCCGCGCCAGUGACCCACAUCCUUGCAUCACCCUGCACCACGCGGCCCGUCCUGCAGCCGCCUUACAGCAUUUCCCACCCGGGUGCCAUCCUGCACCAAGUGACUGUGGGCAUCAACCCACGCCUGCUACCCUCCCCCACCAUCCAUCAGAGUCAGUUCAAGCCUCUCUUCCCCCCCCACUCCUACAUCGCCUCUCCCGCUUACGCUGGCUUCCCCCUCAGCCCCCCCAAACUCAGCCAGUACCCCUACAUCUGAGCUCUGGGCCGGUCCCCAAGCAGGCCGGCCCGGCCCCGUCCCUGAGCAGCCUGCGCCUGCGGAGGCAGGGGCUACCGGAGAGCAACGUGGUUUUCAUCUCCAAAGCCAUGGCACAACAGAAAAACAACCUAUUUUUUGAAUCAUGUAGACUUGGGUGCAAUUGAAACUUUGAGCUUUAAAGAGUUAAUGAAAAAGAAUAAAUCAAACUCACUUUUAA